GCACUCAGCUUGUCACCCCUCAGAAAACAGAAAGAAACAGAAAAAUGUCCGUUGGAGGUGGAAAGUUUGUGACGGGCUCCGUCCUUGAAAACGAUAAAGAGGAAUCCGUCAAAAAAGAAGGAUCUCAAGACAAUGCCGCCCCGCAAGCCGAGUACGAUCCGCGCACACUGUAUGAACGAUUACGAGAACAAAGACAGAUUAAGGAAGAUCAAUUUGCGGAAGCCAACCGUUUGAGUAACUUCAUUAAACGUGUCGAUGCCGACGAAGCCGAAUAUUUCACCACAUUGUCAGAGGUGCAAAAAAAACUAGAACAGGAGCGAAAGGAAAAGGAGCUUGAGGAACUCGAAAAUUACAGAAAAGCGGUGGAGUUGGCAAGAAUAACGCCUUCAACUGAACCCCUUGCGGCCGCAAUACCCUCCAUGGCGGCUCCUACCGUCAAAAAACCCACCACAGGUGCGAAGCGAAAAAGUUCAAAGAAUGCAUUAGAUGGCUUGGUCGUAGUAAAGAAGAAGAAAUCCACUGAGGAUGAAGCAGACGAACGAGAAAAAUCACCAACAAAGGAGGAAAAACCAACAGCAAAGAAGCAAGACAAAUCGAAACCAUCACCAACCAACCCUGGUACUGCAACAGCGACAAAAAAUACGACCUCAACCAACACACUUUCGUCUUUGCUGGCUUACAGUGAUGACAGCAGCAGUGAUGAAGAAGAAUGAUAAUGUCAACUCGAAAUAACCAGUGAGUUGGCCCUAUGGUGACAGCCACGGGUCUCCUUGGAAGCCAUCCUGUAAUACGAUCCUCAAAACCAAGGUGAUGUCCUGGUCUCAAAACAUAUGAAUCCCAAUUCUUGAAACAAAAAAUAAUAUCGUAAAAUAAACCAACGCUUUAAGAAGAAAAGAUUCAAAGACACCAGUCAUUGCUGAACCUUGACAGCAAAA